AUGCGUGGAGAUAUCAUCCUCCUCCCACAGCCGACUGAUGAUAGCGCUGAUCCGCUGAACUGGAGUCAGCGCAAGAAGUAUUUGAUGCUGGGUAUCCUCAGCCUGGCGGCCUUCACUUCACAUUGCGCUGCGAUUGGGAAUCAACAGGGCAUCAGUGCACAGGCUGACCUUUAUCACAAAUCCCUAAAUGAUAUGGCUGAUACGGUCGCCACAGCCAUUGCCGGACUUCUCGCUGGACCUCUGAUCCUCAUGCCAUUGAUACAUAUCUUCGGUUGCUGCUCCAUACUGUUAUGGAGUAUGGUUGCAGCUACCUGCGGCAGUAUAUGGUCCGCUCUCAUGACCAAGCCAGAUCAAUAUAUUGCAUUCACACUCUCUCGUUUGUUUGUGGGUUUGUUUAGCGCCACUCCAACUAUUCUGGGCCCUCAGAUGCUGGUUGAGAUUUUCUUUCUUCACGAGCGAGGGACUGUUUUUAAUACCUUCCUGGUAUGGUCGACAUUUGGUACAGUCAUUGGGCCAACAUUGGGAGGCUUCAUUGUCUCACAUGCUCCUUGGCCCUGGCAGUUUUGGUGGACUGUAGCAUUGCAGGGAGUAGUUGUUCUUCUCGCAUUUCUAUUUCUAGAAGAGACUGGGUUCACCCGGGAAGACGGAAAGGUGUAUCCCCGCCGUCCUUCGGGUUUCAUCCAGAAUCGAGUGGCUACAUACUUUCCUGGCACCAGUGUAGCACAUGUUGGAGGUUUUAAAGCAGCACUUCAUUCAGCAUGGGCACAGAUUUUGAUCGGAGUCACCCCAGUGACCAUCCUAGUUGGGGUCUUUCUACUAGGGGUAUCUGGUUGGUUUGUGAGUUUCAACACUCUUCUAAGUGUGUUCUUGCAAGACCCGGUCGAGGUUGGGGGGUAUGGGUUCUCGGCCCAGCAGAAUGCAGCUUUCACCUUCACGAUGUGGAUCGGAGCCGCUGUCUCACUGAUCUGGGGCCAUUUCUUCAACGACCGUAUUCCAUUGUACUUUGUCGCCAAAUACUCCGGAACCUGGAAGCCAGAAUAUCGCCUUCACUCACUUUGGGUCCCUGCGUUUCUGAUACAGCCGAUUGGAUUGGGUAUAGUCGGCGCCACAUUGCAGUACCACUUGCAUUACAUGGUUCUUGCGGUCGGUACAUUUCUCGUCACAGCCUCAUCUGUUGCCAUCAGUCCUGUCGCUAUCAACUAUUUGGUCGAAUGUUUCAUGAAAUACCCAACCGAAUUGAAUUGCAUCUUGGGGAUAUAUCGUCUGGGUAUCGGCUUGGGGAUCCCGUUCUUCAUUGAUGCCUGGAGGGCACAGGUUGGUGUCGGAUGGAUUUUUGGCAUGAUGGCGGUCUUGUCUUUGGUGCUGUUCGUUUUAAUCGUCAUUCUCAUGCGCCAUGGACAUGCCAUUCGACAAAUGGGGUUUGCUGGAUUGCGUGGGGAUGAGGAGGGUGCUCAGAUAAUGAAGAAGGAGGAGACUGAGGAAUAG